AUGGCCGGCAACAUAUCCAUCUCGCCAUUUCUGUUCCACCGUUGCUUCCAGCAAGCAUGGUCCGGAUCGCGACGGGCUCGCGUCAACUAUGGCAGCACUAAAUAUGGAAAGAAAUCCGGUGAUAAUGACAUUCUGCAGCUUCCACGGAGGUUUGGAAUUGCUGUAAGUGGUGGCGCCGACUCCAUGGCUCUGGCAUACCUAUGCAAGCAACUGGAGCGUUCUUCUGAUGUUGCUGGGGCCAUUUCUGUCACUGCUUUUGUGGUAGAUCAUCGUGCCCGUCCGGAAAGCACUGUUGAGGCACAAAAGGUUGCUGGCUGGCUUCGUGACAUGGACAUAAGAACCCAUAUUCUCAGUUUGGACUGGUCUGAAAUUAUUUCAAAUCAGAAUCAAUUAUCUUCUACAAAGUCCGGAGUGUCAAGUUCAUUGCCAUCCGCCUUCGAGACACAUGCUCGACGACUCCGUUUCCAAGCCCUUGGCAUAGCUUGUCAUGAGUUCAAACUUGAAACAUUGCUAUUAGGCCAUCAUCAAGAUGACAACGUCGAAACCACCAUUUGGCGGCUCUCCUCCGGGGCAACUGGUUUAGGUCUCGGCGGCAUCCCCGAAGUUGCUCGAAUCCCCGAAUGCCAUGGUCUCUUCGGGGCUUCUGAGAGCUGGUCAACUACAUCAAUCCCGACAAGAUCGCCGACAAAACGCCAACCCAAAAUUCGGUUCGAUAACCAGAAGAAUGGGUUCAUCAGUCUUCCCGACUCAAACAUUAGGACAGAUAAAAUCUACUCCAGUCUCACAUCCAAUGUAAACAUGGCAAGCCCCGGCAUAUUUAUCUGUCGACCUCUACUCUCUUUCACCAAAACAAGUCUUCUGGAGACCUGCCACAAAAACCAAGUCCCUUACGUCUCCGACCCAACAAAUUUCGACCCAACUCUCACACCCCGGAACGCCAUCCGCAGCCUUCGCACCUCAAACUCCUUACCCCGUGCACUUGAAUCACAAUCUAUCCUCUCCCUAAUCCGUUCAAGCCAAGACAUCCUCCAAAGGUCAAACGAGCUUUCAAACUAUCUCCUCUCAUCCCAAUGCCGAAUCCUAGAUUUCAACCCUAAGGCAGGGUCGGCGGUCAUUCAAUUCUUAGAGACAAGUCCAGCAUCCAUGGACCCGCAACUGGCAACACUAUCAGUCUCUCGAAUGCGGCAGAUCCAAACCAUAGUUCUCCGCCGCAUCACAGAACUACUCUCUCCAUUUCCCGAUAGCCAUUUCUCGCUACGCAGCUAUGAACCGCUAGUUCCCAAUGUGUUCCCGGGUCCAGAUGGCUCUGGCUCUCAUGAUGCAGACGCUAAACCCAAUGACCAGAAAAGAAACAAAGCCUUCACGGUAGCGGGUGUUCUGUACCAGCGUCUCUCGAACGAAAACUCCACGUUUGAUAAGUCCCAAAACACACAUCUCGGUGAUAAUAUCUGGUUGUUAUCCCGACAACCAUUUAUGAAAGGUCGUGACCCCGUGACGCAAAUUAACGUCUCGCCCAGUGGGAGUUUUACUCCGUGGGUUUUAUGGGAUAACCGGUACUGGAUGCGACUUCGUCUUGUUCCAAUCGACCGUGAUCCCAAUGAACUGGAGGAUAAUUUGAUAAGUCUUACUCUUACGAUACGACCGUUCCACAAAUUUGAUAUGGAACGGAUACGCAAGGAUGCGGUUAUUUCAAGGCAGGGGAAAAUGAAGGAUUCUGCUGCUGGACAGGAAAUUCCCGGGAUUUUUGAGCACCUUAAAGCCGUCUUGUCUGCCGAGGCGCCUGCUCAGCUGCGCUUCACUUUACCUGUGAUAUCAAGGGAAGGUAUAAUUUCUAAGCCAGGAAAGCCUCUGGGUCAGAAGGUUUGGCAACAGCUGGCAUUACCGACUUUGGACUAUCGUCUAUCCGGUCAUUCAACCAAGUACGCCUCUCCCAAUGAGGUGGAAUUGAUACACCUACGCUGUCGCUGGAACCUGAAAUGGCAGUGGAUGUACAAAAUGAUUGACACUGAGGCACUACGCCUGAUGGACUGGCCGGUGGGUAAAGAUACCGAAGACUCUUAG